AUGGUUGAUAUUUUACCUUGGAACAUGGUUUUAGUACCUAAUGGUGUUGAUGUUGGUAAGAUGAUUCAUGGGUCACCAUCAAAUGGCAUAAUAUCUUCUUGUAUGGCUAUGAUAUACAUCAAUAUCAGGGCAAUAGACGAUAUUUUCCAAGCGUCCCCGGGGAAUUUUAAGCAAGCAAUGGAAGUGGCGGUGAAAGAGACAGGAAAGGAUUUUACGUGCAUCAUGAGUGAUGCAUUUCUUUGGUUUGCAGCGGAUAUGGCUCAGGAAUUGCAUGUCCCUUGGGUGCCCCUUUGGACCUCAGGACCCCGUUCCCUCCUCUUGGUCCUUGAAAUCGAUUUAGUCCGCCAGAAAAUAGGAUGCAUUAUUAAUGAUAAGGUCAAAGAAAAAUCUUUCGUAGGAGUAAAAUCGAAGACAGAACAAUUAGUUGACUUUCUUCCAGGAUUUUCUCAAAUACAUAUUGCUGACAUACCUGAAAAUAUAAUCUCGGACAGCAAUGGAUCAGAAUUCUCAGCAAUGUUGCAUAAAAUGGGAUUAACAUUACCACGGGCGGCUGCUGUUGCUUUAAACUCAUUUGAAGAAUUAGACCCUGAUGUAGCGAAUCUGUUCAAGUCAAGACUUCCCAAGUUUCUCUACAUUGGUCCCUUUGCUUUGGCAUCUCCAGAUCCUUUCAUGUCUGAUUCACAGGGUUGCCUGGAGUGGCUGGACAAGCAGAAACAAGGAUCGGUGGUGUAUAUUAGUUUUGGAAGUGUGAUAAAGCUACCACCCCAAGAGUUUCCAGAGUUAGCAGAAGCGCUAGAGGAAUGCAAGUUGCCAUUUCUUUGGUCAUUUAGAGGCAAUCCUGAAGAAGAACUGCCGAAAGGGUUCUUAGAGAGGACUAAAGAGAGGGGAAAAGUAGUUUCAUGGACUCCGCAGGCUAAAGUCUUGCAAAACAAAGCAACUGGAGUGUUUAUGACCCAUUGUGGGUGGAACUCGGUCUUGGAAAGUAUUAUUGGAUGUGUGCCUAUGAUUUGCAUGCCAUUCUUUGGGGAUCAAACAAUGAGCAAGAGGAAGGUAGAGGCAGUAUGGGGUACUGGUAUCGGGAUGGAAGGUGGAAGGAUCACUAAACAAGUAGUUAUGAAAGCGUUGAAGCUUAUCUUGUCAACCGAUGAAGGGUACAAAAUGAGAAAGAAACUUGAAUACCUCCAAGGUCUUGUUUUGGAUGCUGUGGAAUCAAAUGGUAGCUCUACCAAAAAUUUCGAAACUUUGGUAGAGUUGGUAAACAAGUAA